AUGAACCAGUCGAAAAGGAGACAAAAAACACCUGGGGUGACGAAAGCCCUUCACCGCAUACAGAAGACACCCUUAUACCAGGACGUCUCAUCACUUAUAACGACUGUUAUUAAGAAACUAGUUGUAUUGCUAAUAGUAGUCGCAGCUUGUAGCGCACUGCCGUUCGAAAGGGAGUUGACACCAAACGCCCAUGCGAUUCCCGAGUAUGCACUGAAUCGGGCCACACCACCGCAGCACCAGAAAAGUGCACCCGAUACAUCUGAUUUGAAGACCGACUCCAGCCUGUGGUGGAACACAGGCUAUCUUUAUCCAUUCACAUACACAAAGUUCUAUACGCCCACG